AGGGGGGGGGAGAAAGGAGAGGAAUUUCUUCAGCCGCCUUCUCUUCGCUUCCUCGUCUUCCAAGAAGGUUCAACAGCUCAUCUCUCUGGCCGCUAAGACCAAGAUCUCCUUUUCCUCAGAUUUCUUCCGGCGAAAACGAAAUGGUAUCUGCCCUUGCUUAUACUUUUGUAGAAUGAGAGGCACCAUCAACUGACUGCUUUUGCCUCCAUAAUAUUGUGUAAUAAUUGUAAAGUAACUGGUUGACAUGAAAUGGCGACCAGUGUUGGUCAGACUUAUUAUGGAUGGUCACAGGAGGAGUUAUCUGAUCGAGAUGAUUCUCAAGAAGCUUCGGUCUCGCAAAUGCUUGAUCAUGGUUCUAUAUCCUUUGGAAGAUUUGCAGCUGAGUCAUUGUCAUGGGAGAAAAGGUCAGUGUUUACUCACGACAGACGCCAGGAGGAACUGGACAAGUUUAGUGGCUUAGUUGCCAAAAAGAAAGCAUACUUUGAAGAAUACUACAUAAGGCUUCGAGCUUUAAAGGCCUUGGAACAGAACCAGCAAACUGAGCUCACAUUGGAUUAUGGUGGUGAUGGUAGUAAUUCUAGCCAAACUGGAGAAGAUGAUGAAACAGCUCUGCAGCAUGGAAGUCUUAGAGAGGGGGCAGCAGAAACUAUUGAUGCCCCUUCUACAGAAACUGAAAAUGAACUAAACUUCAAGCAGGAUACGAAGUGCAGUCAAGCUCUUCAAACUAGACCGCUGUAUCCAGGAUCCACAACAUCAAAUAUAGACUCGCUGAGAAGAAGCAUGGAAAAAAUUGAGCCAGAGAAAAACUUUAACCAUGCUGUGAUGCAAGACCUGGACAGAGAAUCCUUGUCGUCAUUAAGUAGAAGCAUAGAAGAGAUUGAACAGAAUGAUAUCAGUAGUGUUGAUGACAAAGAGAUUCUGAGGGAACAGGAGAGUCCAGGGUCUAAUGUUGAAUCUGGGCCUCCUACCAACAGGUCUGUGUCAGACGUGACAAAUUCUAGAACCGGAGUCUCACAGCAUGCACCUGGUCACAACUUGAUACCAUACAAAACCAAACUGGCUGUUGAGAAACCUCCAGACUGUAAAUCAGUUCCUGAAGUGAAGAAGUGACCAAAUGAAAUCAAGACUGGGAAAGGAACUGGAAAUGUUUGUUUCGCUAUGCUGCAGCAAAUCCAACUUCCCAGUCAGAUAUGAUGUCCAAAUUUGUUUUAAAAAUACGGCGUGCUAGGGACAUACUUGGGCAAUAGCUCAUUUAGGAGGAAAAUCUUGACCACCAUGGGUCACCCAGUCCACAAAAUUGAUUCAGAUAGGAUUUUGGGUGCAGUAGUUCGUGCACAUUUUCUAAAUGCAAUAUCCCCUUUUCCACCAUUCAGCUCAGAGCUAAAGCAGAGCCGGCUUGUUACUGACCGUCUCCACAGAAUCCCAGCAUGAUUUAUUGAUCAGAAAUUGUUUCUUCCUUUCAUCCCUUUAACCUUCCAAUCAGAUAUAACUUAUUUUUAUAUUAGUUAUCUAACCAAGGGUAUAUAUCAUGGCCAUCACCCACAAUUCAGAGAAGCAUAAAAAAAGAGAAGUUGAUGUACUCCAUACGGUGGAUUUUGAUAUGCCAAAUAUUACCUAUUCUUCAGUUUAUUCUUAAUAGUAAAUACAGACUUACUGUAUAUGCUAAGUAUUGUUUGUUCCUACUAGCGUACUGAAUAUAUUCAGUCAAGAGAAUAGUGUAAGCCUAAUUCUGUUA